AUGGGAACAGAAAACCAGACGUGGGUGAGAGAGUUUAUUCUUCUGGGCCUGUCCAGUGACUGGGACACUCAGGUCUCUCUCUUUGUCCUGUUCUCCAUCACAUACAUGGUGACAGUGCUGGGGAACUUCCUCAUUGUUCUUCUGAUCAGACUGGACAGCCAACUCCACACGCCCAUGUAUUUCUUUCUCACCAACCUCUCCCUUGUUGAUGUCUCCUAUGCCACAACCAUAGUCCCUCAGUUGUUGGUUCAUUUUCUUGCAGAACAUAAAGUAAUCCCACUCGUGAGCUGUGCAGCCCAGUUAUUUUUUUCCCUGGGAUUGGGCGGGAUUGAGUUUGUUCUACUGGCAGUGAUGGCUUAUGACCGCUAUGUGGCUGUGUGUGACCCCCUUUCUAGCAUUGUCCUGCUGAUGUCACCAUUCUGCCUGGUUCUCUUGUCCUAUGUCAAGAUCAUCUCCACCAUCCUAAAGAUCAGGUCCACAGAGGGAAGAAAGAAAGCCUUCCACACCUGUGCCUCUCACCUCACAGUAGUUAUCCUGUGCUAUGGCAUGGCCAUUUUCAUUUACAUCCAGCCCAGCUCUGGCCCCUCUGGCCUUCAGGAGAAGUUGAUCUCUCUCUUCUAUGCCAUUUUGACACCCAUGCUGAACCCCAUGAUUUAUAGUCUAAGGAAUAAGGAGGUGAAGGGGGCCUGGCAGAAACUAUUAGGGCAAUUAAAUGGAUUAACAUCAAAACUUGGAACUUGA